AGUGGGACAAGUGGGGAGAGCAGCUCCUUUUGCAAGCAACAAGCUCGGCACCACUGCGUCCAGCAACGCCACGCGACGGCGUGCUCAAAGCUGCGUCUCGUCCUACCUUCGGGGCUGCCGAUUUGGCUUCGCGGGCCGCGGCGCUGACGAGCAUAGCCAAGGCGAAGUGGGUGGUGCAGGCAGCCAAAACGGGGUGCGACGCGCGCGGCGACGGCGUCUGACGAUCCACGACUUUCGAUUUGGUCCGGCCUUGGCUUCUGCGAAGUAGAUCUAGCGCACGACGGCGUUGGAGCUGCCGACGGCGCGGGAGGCGUCGCAGAGGCGCGGAUGUCACUAGUCGUCCGAUUCUAAUAUUGGACGCGCAGCUGCCCACAUUUAUUUGGACGGCGCCGUCCUUGAUGAACUACUUCUGCGCCGGCGCGUGCCGUCUUCUUUGAUUCCAGCAAUCGUGCUUCUCAACGCACCUCCACAGAGUAUGCUGCGUGUCCAAGUAGCGUUUGACGCUCCGCCGCGGUUCGACGGCCUACUAACUCGUUAUCGAUGCCUCGGCACUGUCCACGAACGACGCCACCGGUUGGCAAGACGGACAUCAUGUAGAGGUUGGGUACGCCCGCGUUCUCAGCGAUCAGCUGAGAGGCGGGCGACAGAGUUUAUCAGAACGUGUGGACGGGCUGCAGUCCGUCAAUCGACGUGUCGUUCUUCGCGACCGCCCCACGAGAUUUGUGGACCGUCCUGGAACGAUGCUUUCGUUGACACCCCCGCCACAGGGGCUUCGCCGUGUCACAGGCCCGCGAUGCUGACGCCCUGUUCGACCAUUGUGGCGAACGUUACACGUGCGCCGAUAUAUCUUCGAUGGGGCCGCGACCAAUAGAGCGACGUUCAAACGAGUCACGAGCUGUGUGGAAAUCAACCAGUGCGUCGGGUGCACCCGACAAUUCUUCACUAAGUCAUUUCUCGGCGAUGGCGCGACCGUCCUGGCUCGGUCGAGCGGUGAGGAACCAGCAUCGCCACGCCAUCGAGCAGGCGUCGCGUCGAUGGCGUGGAGGACGACGCGACGAUUCAGCACGAACGCGCCGUAAAAUUUUGAUUUCCACAC